UUUGCAGCCAAAGGCGACUUUAAGAGGUGCUUCCGGUUCAGGGCUCUCUCUUUUCCUCUGCAUCGGGGCCGCAGCCAUGGUCAACGUCCCGAAGACCCGCAGGACGUACUGCAAGAAGUGCAAGAAGCACCAACCCCACAAAGUUACCCAGUACAAGAAGGGAAAGGACUCCCUCUACGCCCAGGGUAAGAGGAGAUACGACAGAAAGCAGAGUGGUUACGGUGGCCAGACCAAGCCAAUUUUCCGUAAAAAGGCUAAGACUACAAAGAAAAUCGUGUUGAGGCUGGAGUGUGUGGAGCCCAACUGCAGAUCCAAGAGAAUGCUGGCCAUCAAGAGAUGCAAGCACUUCGAGUUGGGUGGUGACAAGAAGAGAAAGGGCCAGGUCAUCCAGUUCUAAACUGUGGUUCCGUCUUCUGGAUCAGUUGUCACUAUUUUCAAUAAAUGUAUUAAAACAAA